AGUUUUUUUUUACCUGGUGCAUUCAGGCAUCCUACUGCAGUGCAUAUCGAGUGGCGCCUAUAUGGCACUCAUCAUAAGCGCCGAGGAAUCCUUUUUCGGACCAGACAGUUCGUGGUUCGUCGGGACGUGUCCCUUAUACUGUCAGAGAAAGUUCUCACCUGUCUCGAAUGUUCCCUCCUCAUCUUGUCAUCCAAUCGACAGUGCACUCCAUUGAAAAUUGAGUAACAAAUCACUCAGGAUGAGUUCAACUCAGAGUCCUUUGACUACUCGCACGAGUCCCAUGUCGGGUGUCUUCACGCCGCCAUCUUCAUGCUCUUCACACUGGACGUACGAGAGCCAAGCUGCAAACGAUGUGACUGGAGGGCUUUUGAUACAGAGAGCUCAAGCCGGUACUGGUCGUGAGGAUCCCUCCUGUUAUCCACGUGGUCUGGAUGGCUGGGGUAGAGCACCAUCUUUCAUUCAGGUGUUCAGCCCUGGUGUAUGUCCUUCUGGUUAUACUACUGCAAACAACGGUUACAACGGUGACACAACAACGGCAGUCUGUUGUUUGAGUAAAUUCGGCUACACGAAUUUCAUAAGUACUGUCAACGCUGGAGGUGUCACCGCACAAUAUUUUGGAUGUACGAGCAUUUUUACCGAUGCGAGUGCCACAACAGUAUUCGCGGAAGACGGCGGUGAAGAUGUUAUCACGUCUUCGAUGGACGGUACAACAACGUUCUUCACCGAGGUGUCGGGCCUGAUCACUAUGUGGGCCCAACCCAUCACGGUCGCCUUCCAACAGAGAGACCUCUCUUUGUUUGCAACUUCUCUCCCCAGCACUAGCAGUGCAUCAUCGACGACUACAAGCGAAAGCUCCACCACCAAAACCUCUUCCGAAUCAGUCACUUCUACAUCUGUAUCAUCUACCUUAUCAAUGACCACAGGCGACAUCCCAGUCAUCAACUCUUCGUCCAGACUACCCGCACUCGCAUCUUCCACCUCGACAACAUCUCCCACCGACACCCCUAGCUCCGGGCCAUCCACUGGCGCAAUAGCAGGUAUAGUGGUCGGCGCAGUAGCCGCGCUUGCCUUCCUCAUUGGCGCAGUCAUCUUGUUCCGAAGACGACGGAAUCGUGCGCAGCCAUCAAACAAUUGGAGUACCAUGGAGAUUCAAACCUCUCAAGCAGGUCACUCGGGACCCACAAAGUCGGAUUAUGGGCGAUACGAACCUUCUUUGGACAUGAAGAGUCUCAAAAGGCCAGCAGAGCUGUAGGUCGAGCUCUGGGAGCU